CUUGAAAAAAGGGGAGCGAAUGGGAGAGGGACGGAGCAGAAUGUGACAGCUGCUGGAAGCGGACAGAGUGUGUGCGGCUGGCUACACUGCCUUCGGAGGAGGCCUCGGCUCUUUUUGCACCUGUCCCUCUCCGUCUCCGCGGCCAGCCGCAGUUUUAGGACGAGAGCGACGCUCCUUUAUUUUAUUAGGGAGGCGCGCAGCGGCGGAGGCGCACACACACUCCGACACACACACACACACACACACGCAGCACCGGCAGGCAGGCAGGCAGGCAACAUGACUUCAUCCUACAAUCUGGAUUUUCUGCCCGAUAUGAUGGUGGAGAGCCGCCUGCUCGUUCCCGGAGACAGAAUCAACGGUACAGCUGGAAAAAUGAAUGGGGCACUGGAGCAUUCGGACCAGCCAGAUCCGGAUGCCAUCAAGAUGUUCGUGGGGCAGAUCCCGCGCUCUUGGUCAGAGAAGGAGCUGAAGGAGCUGUUUGAGCCGUACGGAGCCGUUUACCAGAUCAACAUCCUCCGAGACCGCAGCCAGAACCCUCCACAGAGCAAAGGCUGCUGUUUUGUCACGUUUUACACAAGGAAAGCUGCCCUUGAAGCCCAGAAUGCACUGCAUAACAUAAAGACCUUAACAGGGAUGCACCACCCUAUUCAGAUGAAACCUGCAGACAGUGAGAAAUCUAAUGCUGUUGAAGACAGGAAGUUGUUCAUCGGCAUGGUGUCGAAGAAAUGCAACGAGAACGACAUCCGGGUCAUGUUCUCUGCUUUCGGACAGAUCGAGGAGUGUCGGAUCCUCCGGGGGCCCGACGGGCUCAGCAGAGGAUGUGCGUUUGUUACGUUCUCCACCAGAGCCAUGGCACAGAAUGCAAUCAAAGCCAUGCACCAGUCUCAGACUAUGGAGGGCUGCUCGUCUCCCAUCGUGGUGAAGUUCGCCGACACGCAGAAGGACAAGGAGCAGCGGCGUCUGCAGCAGCAGCUGGCGCAGCAGAUGCAGCAGCUCAACAGUGCGACCACCUGGGGGAGCCUCACGGGGCUGGGCGGCCUCACUCCACAGUAUCUGGCUGUAAGGGCCGCCGCCGUGUCGCCCACCUCCACCAUCACCUCCUGUUGCGCCCCUUACUGCAGCCCUGUGGCCAACGCAGCCACAUUGCUCCAGCAGGCGACCUCCUCUGGUAACCUAGGAGCCUUCAGCGGGAUCCAGCAGAUGGCCGGUAUGAGUGCUCUGCAGUUGCAGAACCUGGCCACUUUAGCGGCAGCAGCGGCGGCGGCCCAAAACUCAGCCAGCCCCUCCUCCGCAAACCCCCUGUCCUCCAACGCCGCCUCCCUGGGAGCGUUGGCCAGCCCAGCAGCAGGCACCACAGCCAACUCCAACGCCGGAGCAAUGAAUUCUCUGACCUCUCUGGGCACCCUGCAGGGCCUGGCAGGCGCAACUGUGGGCCUGAACAACAUAAAUGCACUAGCAGGUAGCAUCAACAGUGAGUAUUCACCCUGCCAUCAGCCACUCCACCUCCACCAACGACCAUCCACACCCAGCAGCAGCGUCGCCACCACCGCCUGUAUGGCGGCUCUAAACGGAGGCCUGGGCGGCGCAGGGCUCACCAACGGGACUGCAGGCACUAUGGACGCGCUGACGCAGGCUUACUCAGGGAUCCAGCAGUAUGCCGCUGCAGCGCUGCCCACCCUCUACAGCCAGUCUCUGCUGCAGCAGCAAGGGGCUGCCGGCAGCCAGAAGGAGGGUCCUGAAGGCGCCAACCUCUUCAUCUACCACCUGCCCCAGGAGUUUGGAGACCAGGACAUACUGCAGAUGUUCAUGCCUUUCGGAAACGUCGUCUCAGCCAAAGUCUUCAUCGACAAACAGACAAACCUUAGCAAGUGCUUCGGCUUCGUCAGCUACGACAAUCCAGUGUCGGCACAGGCAGCCAUCCAGGCCAUGAACGGCUUCCAGAUCGGCAUGAAGCGGCUGAAGGUGCAACUGAAGCGCUCCAAGAACGACAGCAAACCGUACUGAUCUUAGCACUAGGGUCUAUCUGCUCCCCCUGUUAGCACUGCUAGGAACAACACAUCUCCAUGCCUGUUAGCUCAUCGUUUGCCUAGCAUGUCUCCGUGGCGUCCAAAAAAACAAAAAAAAACUUCAAACAAAACAAAAAUCCAAACCCAAAAAAAAGUGUCAUCGUCCUCCUCUUCCUCCCCCGUCAUUAUUUUUUCUGAUGUCUUUUCCGAGCUCACCUGAUCAUAACCUGGUUCUUCUCCUCCGCCGCCUACUGACCUUUUGAACUUUUAGGUUUUUUUGGACUUUUAUGACUUUUUCUUUCUUUUUUUGUGUUGUUUUGUUGAUUUUUUUUGCAUGUGACCUCAUUUGAAACUGUUUUCUGGAAGGAUUUCUGGGCACAGAGGGAGAUGAAUAGGGAGGCGUGGGUAAGAAAAUUAAUGUGAAAAAGAUAUAAAGCUGCAUUCAUAAGAAAAACAAAAAAAAGACUUGAGAUUUUUAUGGAAAAACAAGUGUUCUUUUUGGAGAAAAAAAACAACAACAAUCUGUGGCAAAGUGAUUUCCAUUCAGUAUGUUUUCUUGCAUUUUUUUCCUCUUUUUUUGUCAGUUUUUUUUUUCUUUUUCAUUUAUAGUAAACUUGAAAGUUCACUACAGGAAUUGGCGCGCCAUCCUGCUUCUGGUUGUGGAUAAAAAAAAAUUUAAAGAACAGGGCCAGAAGCAGUCCGCGCCAGUUUCUCUGAGAAAUAAGACUACUUCCGAACAGUUUUGAAUAAAAAACUGAUCAAUAUUAGACUCUCUCAGAGCUCUCUAAUGGUUUUUACAUUUUUCAGGCAGUGUAAAGUUUUUUGAUAAGGCCAUUUUAAGUGGCUCUGUUUCUCAUUCAAAGUCUAUAUAUAGAACCACUUUUUUCUAGAGUAGUUUAAAGGUAAAAAUAAAAAAAGACAUUUGCCCUAUUUGGGGGGGAGAAAUGCUACCUACUUGUGUCACCUUUUGCUGAACUGACUCACAGAUAGACAAUCCGUGGUUUAAAUGCACAUGAUGAAAUGACCUAUAUUUUCUACUGUUUAAAUGUAUAGAGGAAAAAAAAAUACGAAGAUACCUGUAACCCGCGUUAACGUCGGUGCUUCUCGUGAGUUUAGUUGUGGUUUCAUCACAAGUCUAACGGUCUUAAAUGUCUCAUGUUUUUCAAGAGAAGACUAAAAAAAUCAGUUUACUUGAACAAUAGACAAAGCCUUUCAUAUUACUAUAACAGUUACUUGUUUUUUUUUUUCCUUAGUUUUUUUAAUUUUCUUUUUUUAAGGAGUCCCAAUUUGCUAAAUUUCUUGUUGGUUAAUUAGCUAUAUAAAAUUCCUAAAUAUAUAUAUAUAUAAAUAUAAAUAUAUCUAUAUAUAUAAUGUCAGCUUGUGAAGCAUCAAUGUCAUUAUAAUUUUAUUUCUUUCGUGGGAAACAAUAUUUAGAUGUGUUUUGUUGUUCAGCAAAAUGUCUUAUAAAGAAAAAAAAGACAAGAUCAGUGGAGUUUAGUGCCAAAUUCUGAAGGUACUUCCUGCCUAGCGCGUCAGUGUAUUUCUUGUGAAAUUAUUUGAUAACAUGGGUAUUUUAUUAUAAGUGUUUUGUAUGGAACCCUCAUAUUUAAAAUAUAGAUUUAAAAAAGAGUUUGUUAACUUGCUAUUCUGUGGUCUUGUUGCCUGAAAAUGUCAUGUUUGCUUUUUUCUUUGUAAAGAUGUAAAAAAAACAAAAAAAAGUGCCCAUGUGUCAUAUAUAUAGUAUAUAUAUAUAAAUAUAUAUCUAUACACACACACGAACACGGACACACACAUACACUCUCGUGCAGACCUCACAGUUUACUUUGUUAUUGUGCAUGAGAGCCCCUGAGUGUGAAAGUCUCUUCAGCAACCGCUACAACCCGCCGGCGUGCGUGCACACACACACACACACACACACACACACACACACACACACACACACGCACACAAUUCACACUCGGAUACUUUUAGCCAUUGUACAGCCGUUUCAUUCAUCAAAGCCUUACCACUAAUCUUUGCACUCUUGUUCUAUUUCUAUUAGUAUCUCGCACGCACAAACACAAACGUCAGACUUCGGCAUGUGUUGUUAUUUGGGGGGGUUUUUGUUUUGUUUUUGUUUUUUUUUUCUCCAUCCUGCUCCACAGCUGAAAGAGGAAAAAUUAAAAAAAUGGAGGUGAGAGUCCUACGCAAAGCCUUAUUUCUCCAAAUCCUCUCCUUAUCCCUUUUUUGUUCGGUUUAAAACAGCUCAGCGUCGCUGCCGUUUGUUUCUGACUGCGAGGAUCAUUACUGUUGUGUACACGGGCGUUUGCUUUCAUGAUGUAAGCACAGGGCAAGACUAGCUCACUCAGCCUCGAUCUUUUAAGGAAAAAGCACACGUCGUCGUCGUCGGACAGUCAGAGGACGCAGGCGGGACGGUCUGGAUUUUUCGCAGCUGAACUUAUCUCUUUUUCUCGUGUUUUUUGUUUCUCUUUUUUUUCUAAAUGAGUGGUUGUCAGACUUCUCCGUGUGUAAGUCUUGUGUUGUAGUGGGCCAAAAUCACGUGUAGAUGCCAAAGUGUGUUUCCGACUCUCUCAUAGUCGAGCCGUUUACAUGGCACACUGUUGUCAAGUCUAUCCAACUGCCCCCCGCUCCCACUCCCUGAAAGCCUAGUUUACGGUCUGCAAAAAAAAAAUUAUUAAAAAAAAAGAAGAAAAAAAAAAAGAGGCAGCAUUAUUUUCUACAGAAGCUCACCAGUCGCCUUAACCAGGGAGCAUCGUACCAGUAUUCCAAGACGAGAAGAUGUUGUCAGUCAGUGAUGUGUGCCAACUCUGGGUUCCCUUUUGUCUCCAGUGAACCUCCCUCUUGUCUGGGUUUCACUUUUCCAUCAGCUCAUCCACUCGGCCACACCAGAAAGACGGGGGGGAAUGAAAGGUUUGAAGGAUGCCGCUCUGCUUCUUGUUUCUCGGUUGUUGUCUCCCAGCUUAACGAGUGUUAUCAGGAGCAGGGAGAUGCCUUAUUGGAAUAGUGACAGGGGAAAUAAAGCAUCUCUGGGCUGGAGAGGAUGAGGAGAGCACAUCCGCUGGUCCUCACUGGCAAAAUAACAGCCAGAGCUGAGCUGAAGGUAAUACAGCUUUCGUGAUAUCCUCUCAAAGACCAAAACCCAAGCUUUAUCUGAUCUCAUGGAGGGAGGCAAGCAGACUUUAUUUGGGGUUUUUUGUACGCACAUGAGCCAAAAACAGCCAUAACUACCUGUGUGGCAGCUGGAGAGUCCCACUGACUGACCAGCGCGUGUGCAGGGGGUUUUGGAUCGGAGAGCUACAGCUGCACAUUUCACACCCUCACCUCACUCCAGCACAUUUCUUUACGUUUGGAGGCGCAACACAUUCUGUCGUUCAAAUCAACGCGCACCGCCAGCUUGCCUGUGUUAUCGCAAAACAUUUCACCUGUCCCCAAUAUCACGUCGCCAAUUGCCAAAUUGCACCGACUUGCACACAGCCCGACGUUGCACAGUCUCACGUGAAGCAUCUCGUCUUUGUGUUAAUGUCGAAGCACAAGAGGGUCGUGGAGGCAGAGUUUCUGUGGAGCGGCUCACCUCAGGGGCUGUCAUCGCCGAUGCUCGUUGUAAUCUUUCUAUCUUGUCACUGUUCACUUCUCUGUUCUCCUUCUCUCUUAAUUAUCUAAGUGCUAUUUAUCAAAAUAAUGAAAUUUGAAAGGAAAAAAAAAAAUCUAACUUGUCGUUUCUUUGCAUUAUGGCUUUUGUCAAGUUUUUUGAGGAAAGAAACGUUUUGUGUGUUUUUCUCUUUCUGUGGCGUAAAAAAGAGCUUGUUGUCCGUAGAAAUGAUCCGAUUUUUGUUGUUGCUGUUGUUGCUUUUGUUUCUUUUAACUCUCAGAAAGGUUUUCAGUAGUUUCAAAGUUAUUGUCUUGAGAGAAGCCAAAGUCAAUGCAUUUCAGUGGAUCCUGUAAGCGUGAUGUAUGUUUGUUUGACAACACUUCGAAAUCUGUCACUGGAUGGGAUUUAAAAAGUACAAAAAAUGCAGGCUUUCCUAUUUCUACAACUGAUUGUACUUAUGCAUUUUGUACCAGUGGAACUUUUUAUACUGGAGAUUAAAGGAUACAACAAAAAAAAAUCUUAGAAAAAACCCUGUCUGGCCUGGUGGUGUGGCCUGACCCUGACUGGUCCCCGAGUUUGAUUUCUAGCUGGCAUCAAGAAAGUUGGCUUUUGAUAUAAGAUUUUCUAGAAGAUCUUUGGCUUUAUUUCUUUCACUUCUUUUUCCUCACUUGAGUGUUGUUGUUUCUUUCAUUUUUUCGUUCUUUAGUUCUUUUAUUUUUCCUUAAAAAACCAGAGAGUAGGUGAGUGUCAGACUUUUCCUCUUUUUUUUGCCUUAUAAAUAGUUCUAGUCAGUUUGUCUAUACAACAGCGGUAAGUUUCAUUUCACUUCUGUAUUGUGCCGUCUACACGAUAAGACAAUUAUAGAAAAAGAAGGAAUAGAAAUAUUUAGUCACCUUCAGUGGAUUAAUGUAUUAGUUUCAUAAAGAUAUCAACUAAUUAGAAACUUUUUGCUUUUAGCUGUUUAGAUUUUUCCGGUUUCUCUGUCCUUCUCUGUGAACUAACUGUGUAGCUGAAGCAGUCAGAAUUAUUUUUGUAAACGUAUGUUCUUGUGUGAUGCAGUUUUUUGCUUCUGUCUCCUAUAUUAAACCAUUUUUCCUAA